CAAUUACAACUAACUUAUUCCUUCUCUUUCUAGAAUUACUGUUUAAAGCUAGAUGCUAACUUGGUCUCAAUACACAGCAAAAUUGAAUACCAGUUGAUCAAAGCCCUUAUUCGUGCAUGACCCUGCAGAGAAAUUCCUGGUGAUUCCUUCCAGUUUCCAUUGUGUUUCUAAGGCAAUGUGUUUACCAGUUCUGAGAGUAUUAUCAUUAUGUUAAAGGAAUGUGCACAUUAGUCAGUUGUUACAAACUAAGACAUGACUUAAGGAUUUGUGGCACAACUGAAUUCAGUUAAAGGCGGGUCUGAAACUAUUGCUCACUUAAUCACUACAAACUACGUACAAACUUAUGAAAAAAUGAUGCAACUCAGUCCAGGCACAUGAGGUGCUUCAAAUCUAAAACAACUAACACCAUUAUAAAAAAAAAAAUAGAAUGGAUAGAAUUUAGCCUUUAUGCACUGGGCAAGCAGUCCUGUUUUUUGUGUAGCCUGGGUUAAAAAUCUGUUUAUUGUUUAUAAUAUAAUAUAUGUAAAAUAUUCUCUUGCGUUUACAGUUCAUUUAAAACACACACGCUUACUUUUGUUAAAAUAUGAUCCGGUUUCUUUAAGAGCAGAGCUCCCCCCGCAAAGCUAGGUUGGAACGUACUAGCUCAACAUGUGCUUUCUGCCAGCAAUAUAGAUUAACUUUUAUCUCAUUGGUUUAGUCCGUAUAACUAGCCUAUGGUGGCGCUCUGGGGGUGGGACUUAGGGAGACGGGAGAGUGAGCGUGAUCGAGAGCGAGUGAGACGCGGAGUAGCGACGAACGGAGAGCGACGGGAGAUAGCAGUAGCAAGGAGGUUUGGAGAAAGUUCUGUGAAGUUCCAGAGAGUUCUAAAGCUUGUAGCUUUAUAAAUUGUUCUAGCUGAGUUCAGUGUACAACUGACAGUGGACUGAUUUAGAGUAGUAAAGCCACAGUGAAGGAGUUUUGCUGUGUGCGCUCUGUUAGCUGCUUGAUUAGCUACCGCUGCUAACUCUGAGUACUGGAGGUCUGUUCACUCGUGCUUCGAGGGAGGACAUUAACCAGAUAUCGUUCUGAACUGCCGCGUUGUUCAGAGUUCCUCUGGCUCCGAGGGAGGUCCUGCUCUGCUGCGUGCUGUUUCUGUCGUGAGUUGUGUGAGACUGCCGCUAUUCCGACCACUGCUCCACUAGCUACCAGAGGUAACCUUGUGUUAUUUGGCUCUACGAGCGAAGAGGCCAUUUUCUGUUUUUACGGCCACAACGUACCCGAGCAACGACACAGGCCUGCAACGAAGGAGUCCAUGCAAGACAGACACCCUGAAACAGAGUAUUUUUCUGUGCAUAACCCUUCAUGCUCACCUUGUCCAUCAGGAUGGCUGACCUACAGCAGGCGCUGCUUCAAGUAUGUUGACCAAGGCAUGGCCUGGAUCUCUGCUGAGAGGCACUGUUUAAGCCUGGGUGCCAAUUUGGUCUCAAUACACCAUGAAAAUGAAUACCAGCUGGUCAAGGCCCUGAUCCGCGCUCAUGAUCCUAAAGAGAAUCCUACGUGGAUCGGACUCUCAGACUGUCAGGAGGAAAAAAUGUGGAUCUGGUCUGAUGGCUCCAAACUGGAUUACACCAACUGGAACUCAAACGAGCCCAAUUUCUCUAAUGGAGAGUGCUGUGUGCAUAUGAACUGGGCUGAUCAGAAGAACUGGAACGACAUUCCAUGUACUCAAUACAAAUAUCCCUUUGUUUGUGCCAGGAAUCUUGCCUGAAAUUCUGAUCGACCACAGAAUUAACAUAGUUGUACUUGUUGUAUUGCUUAGGUCUGUAACACUUUACAAUACUGGCCCUCAAAUAAGCAUGUAUUAUUACUUAACUAAUGCUUUUAUCACAGUUAUCCCUUGUCAUGUCAUAGGAAUUAAAUUUCUAAUAAUCCAUUAAUCAUAAAAUGUUGACACAAUGUCAAAGGCAUCAAAAGCACAAUGUAAAGAAUAUCGUGCCUUAAAAAAAACACAACUUCUGGUUUCAUACAGAUACGUGCGUUAGUUAUUAGCUUAUAAUUUGCAUUACCCAACAUCUCCAUGAGACAUGCCUCAUAGAAGGGGUCUUAAUUAAUGUAGUAAGUUACAGACUGAGUUAGAAUUAUGUUAAUAAUUAAUUAAUGCCAUUCUCAAUAGUUAUUCAGUUGAUUCAGUUCUUUAUUACUGAAUACACAUCAUUAUUUCCUAAUGCGUUAUGUAUUAGUCCAUGCAUUAAUUUAAUAAUAAUACAUUUACUGUGCUAAGUAUUAAGACAUGCUUAUUAGUGGACCAGUAUUGCAAGUGUUACCACUAUGUCAGUAUAGUAGCUGUGAACUGUUUUUGUUUCCAGUACAAAUACAGUUUAAAGAAAAGCUGAAGACUUAGGUUGUGUUCAGAUUUCAGGCAAAUUGAAUUUGUUUCUCAAAUCAGAUCUUUGGAGAUGACUGUCCAUACUGUUAUUCGCAAGUGAUUAGAUCAGAUUUGGGUAUCUCGACAUCACCAACCUUCUGCAUGGGUUGUCAUGGUAAUGAGGCAUCAUUAACUAUGUAGCUAUACUGGUGGUGCAGAUUUCAAAUGUGGAUGCAGGAGAGAUGGAGGUGCAUCACCUCACCAUCCAAAUUCCUCAAAAUUCUGUGUCAGAAGCAUGAAUCUUUGCCACUGCUGUUAAAUCCCAGCACCUCUGUCACUCUCGAUUUGACAUUGUCAUUGUUUGUUGAGUUGCGAGAGACAAAACAGACACUUUGAUAUCCGAUUUUAGUGGUCAGAGCUUCCAGACUGAGAUGCAUCUGCAAAAAAUCUGAUUGGAAUCACACACACACACAUAUACAUAUAUACUUCACAAUGAUGUCAUCUAUAUUUUAGUUUUACCCUGUAGCAUAUAAUAUAGAGGCAUAGUUGUUCUGUAGGUUAUGUUUUUGUCAAAUUCUUGGCUGGAGAGUCCCCUCCUCUACUGCAGAGAUCACUCUGCCUUGAGUUCUAAUCUGCCGACUGCUCAUCUAAAGGCUGUUUAGUCAUCAGUCUUUCUAUAUAUAGCCUGUAUUCUGUAACGGUUUUUUGUAAAGUCUUGUUUGAGCCUAUUCUGUCAAUCUAAGCCUUGUGAUAUACUGUUCUUUGUGUUUUUGACCGUGUGCCUGUCUACAUGUUUUGCUUAUUUUAGAUUUUGUCUUUCUUUGGUUGCCUCAGACUGAUCUAUUUUCCCCUUUUUGAACUGCAUUGGAUUUUUUUCCUCUGCUGUUAAUGUUGUUGGCUCACAGCCUGAAUCCUGUUUCAAGUCUUUUCAUGGCAUUUGGCAGAAGCUCUUAUCCAGAGCGACUUACAAUUUGAUUAUUUUACACAGGAAGGCCAAGGUGGUGUUAGGAUUCUUGCCCAAGGACUCUUAUAGAUGUAGUGUAGGGUGGUUACUCAGGUGGGAAUUGAACCCCAGUCUACAGCGCAGAAGGCAGAGGUGUUACCGACUACACUAUCCCAACCACCAUUUUCAUCAUUGUUACAGACGUUUAUCUGUACAGUAAACAUGUGUGUUCCAAACUCACCUACUUUACAAAAAUUAGACAUAAACAAAUAAACAAAACAUUGUGAUUUAAUGUGUGUGAGAGUGUUAGUUUAACCAUUUCCAGAGCUCUCCUCAAGGAAGUCUAGCCAUUCCCAUUCAGUAUCAAGGUUACCUAAACAAUCCCUUAUUAAACUAAAUCAGAUGUG